UUUUGGCUUAGUUAUUCAGCUAGGGUUUUGAUCCAUUUUUGAAUAGGCAAGGAGGUCGAAUGACGACUAUGAUGGAGGAGGAGGCGGCGGCGGCGACAGUGAUGGAGGAGGAAACGGCGAUGGCCGAGACUAGAAUAUUUUUAGGGGGACUCGGAGUUACCGUAACGGAAGAUCAUCUUCGCAGUGCUUUCUCAUCCUUGGGCUCUAUCAACUCUGUGCAGAUUAUCCGCGACAAAGGUCGCAGCAUGGCAUACUUCGAUUUUCUCCCUUCAUCCGAGAAAUCACUUUCCAAACUCUUCAGCAUGUACAAUGGGUGCAUAUGGAAAGGAGGUCGGCUAAGACUUGAAAAGGCAAAGGAACAUUAUACUACCCGAAUGCAAAGAGAAUGGAUGGAAGAUGCUAAACCUUCUAUAAUUGAAUCUAUUGAUGUUGAUGUUGAUGACACAACUAAAAUUACUGAUGUUCCUAGCAAGCUGAAGAAACUAUCGAAGGAAGAUCAGCCAAUGCUUCGAAUUUUUUUCCCAUCUUUUAGAAAGGUUAAAUUAUUGCCUAAAAAUGGCACUGGUAAACACAAAUACAGCUUUCAGCGUGUUAAUGUACCUUCAAUGCCUGUCCAUUUCUGUGACUGUGAAGAGCACUCUGGUUCUGCUAAUGCUGCCAAACAAGAAGCUCAUGCUCUUGAAGUACUUGCUGGCGGUGUAGAUGAUCAAGAGUUCAAUAUAAUGCAUAAUGUGAUGAACAAGCUCUUUGCAAAGCAAAACAAGCUGGGCCCCAUAACCGAUGACAAUGAAUUGGUCAAAGGACAACGUUCCACUAGCAUAGAAGAUAAGCUGCCAGUUGAUAAGGAAGUCACAAAUGAGAUCAUUGAUGAUGAUAAUGACGAUGACAUUGUUGAUGAUGAUGAUGACAUUGUUGAUGAUAUUGUUGAUGAUGAUGAUGACUUUGUAAUGAAUCUGACAGUUGGGCGAAAAGAUCAAAUGGAUAACUUCAUGAGUGCAGAAAAUAGAACAAUUGUACAGAACAAGGCUUCCCUAGACAAACCUAGUAAUGUAGCUUCAACGACCAAUGAAAUAUCAAGGAGGAGGAAAUCUUAUUUAAAUGAAGGCGUGGAAAGGGAAAAGAACAGUUCAACUACAUUAGCAAAUGAUCUGGUUAAUGAUGAUAACCUUCUAAUUAACGUGGUAACUGGUUGUACCACGAAGUCAAGGCUAGAGGAGGAGGCAGCUGUAGUGCAUCAGGUUUCCAAAAAGAAACGAGCUGGUAGUGUAACUGAGACAAAUGUUGAACUUCCAAGUAAGAAGAGAAAAUCAUCCACAUCUGAAGGCCAUGAAGCUGUUGUCGUUGUUGCUAAACCAAAGGCAAGAUGGAAUGAGAGGAUGUCUAUUAAACCUGAUCAAUCCUCUGGGAAAGGAAUGAUUGAUUUAAGUAGUCGUAUUUCCAUUCCAUCCGUUGAUAGCACUACUAUAACGUUGGCAGAUGCAGCUUUAACACACGAGGUACCAAAAUUAGAUGAAACGGAAAUGCCUGUAGACAAGAAACAGCCUGAGAAAGAUGAACAUAUUGUGCCAAAUGAGGUAGCAAAAAUAGAUGAAACCGAAAUGCCUGUUGACGAGAAAGAUGAACCUAUUGUGGACAAGACCGAACAAGGCAUUGAAUCAAACUCUUUUGUCGAACAAAGAAGUGAGGAAAUGUAUAAAGAUUCCGAGGGGGAUAAUAAUAAGGAAGCUACUACCAAUAAAGCUGUCAAUUCUGGCAGAGGCGAUUUCUGGCGGAAUAAAUCUUCGUGGAUCAAACUGAUUGGUGGAGAAAACAAUUCUUUUAGCAUCUCACAAAUUUUGCCAACUUCAACAACAUUCGCAAACCAAGAACCCGAGCUGUUGGGAAUAACAACAGGGUUUACACUUUCUGCUAAUAUGGGUGAACAUUUGAAACCGAAGAAUGUGGAAGAAAAGACUGGUCCUAAAAAACAUCCGGCUAUUGUUUCGAAAGAUGUCGUGUCAGCUGAAGUGCCACCUGUGGUAAGCUAUACCAUCGGAGAAACGUGCUCCUUUAUGAAGAGCGACUCUUCGAUGAAAGAGUGGAAGAAGGCUAAAGCCGCAGUUUGCGGAUCAUUCAAGAAAAAGGGUAAGGAGAAGGAAAAAUAGCAAACACAUUAUUCAGUUUCAUAAUUCUUUUUUGUUGUUAUAUUUGGCUGUUACUUUUAUUUAGCAAUCUGAAAAGUUGUUAUUUUGUUAAGUGAUUUAAAGAAAAUUUUGUAUUCGUGUGGGUGUAUUUGAACUUAUUUCUGGUUUAUCUCAAUUUACUACAGUUCAUUUCA